UGACUCGAGCGCUCAGUCAGUCAGUCAGUGCGCUCAAUGGGUUAAUUCAUGUUCUGUGAGGAAUCUAUCUGCUUCUUCUUAUAGGAACCUGCUGUUUUUUUUGUUUGUUUUGUUUUGUGAACGUUAAUGCCCACCAACAGCUCGUGGACAACAAUAUCCAGCUGGACUGCUGCUGAUUUGACAGCGAUGUUUAUUGAUUGUUUUUAUGAGGCUCGUGUGUGUGUAUGGCAGUCGAAAAUCUAUGAGCAGCUUUUUGCGAUGUGAAUCAAUUAAACUCGGGAAUUAUGAGCUGGAAUUCGCGUAAGAUCAUGGAAGUACUGAAGAAUCCAGGGGCUCAUUAGAGCUGAUUGGAGUUGGAGGAAAAGUCCAACUGGUUUUAUUGCUUUCGGCUGGAAGUCGGACGUUUUUUUUCCGGAUAACAAUCGGGAUAAGGAGCACUGUCCACUGCUAUUCGCACCCGAUGGCUAAAAAUAAUAGUGUGUAUAAUCGCGAAUGAGAUUUGGAGAAUUUCCUCACAAUUUAGCGACAAUCUAUGAUCCAGAUUUCAGCAGCGGGAUAAUCUGGAUCCUGUAGCGACAUCUGCUCGGAUCAUCAGCCCGUCGGGAUCUGAGGGAUCACUUUCAAAGAUCGCCCAUCAUCACCACUAAAGGGAGAAGAUGCCGUUCCACCAUGUGACGGCAGGAUUGCUGUACAAGGGGAACUAUUUGAGUCGCUCACUGUCCGAACACAGCAAUAGCGAACAGCUCGCCAACAUCUCCGUGGAGGAACUAGAUGAGAUCCGGGAGGCGUUCAGGGUCUUGGACCGGGAUGGCAAUGGGUUCAUCUCCAAGCAGGAGCUUGGCAUGGCCAUGCGCUCACUAGGGUACAUGCCCAGUGAAGUGGAGCUGGCAAUCAUCAUGCAGAGACUGGACAUGGAUGGUGAUGGACAGGUGGACUUUGACGAGUUCAUGACGAUACUUGGACCGAAGCUCCUGUCCUCUGAAACACGGGAAGGUUUCCUUGGAAACACAAUCGACAGCAUAUUCUGGCAGUUUGACAUGCAACGGAUAACACUGGAGGAGCUGAAACACAUCCUUUUUCAUGCCUUCCGGGACCACCUGACGAUGAAGGACAUUGAGAACAUCAUCAUCAAUGAGGAGGAGAGCCUGAACGAGAACUCGGGGAACUGUCAAACAGAGUUUGAGGGAGUUCAUCCCAAAAAGAAGAAUCGCCAGACGUGUGUGCGGAAGAGCCUGAUAUGCGCGUUCGCCAUGGCCUUCAUCAUCAGCGUCAUGCUCAUCGCGGCCAAUCAGAUGCUGCGCAACGGCAUGGAGUAGCGACACCACUGUGAGCGGGGCGGAGCCUGCAUGUGCAUGCCUGUCGAUGAAGUUGUCGAAACUCUAGGAACAAAACCAAACACCUCACUACUGAAAAGAGGAGCUUUUUAUUCUUUUUUUAAUUUGUAUCCUCCCGUUACUUUUCCACGCGGACCAAGCGACACAGGAAGCGUACGGCGAGCCAAGCCAGCAUGUUACACGGGGCCUCAUCUCUCAGGCAGGGACUUUAAAGGGCUGACUUUCUGCUUUUCGUGCCACCUCUGUUCCCUAAUGCAAUAACACGCAGGAGUUCAUAAGCCGUCGCCGUCUCCUCCGUGGCUUCAGAUAUUUCAGCAGGGAUUCACUGAUGAGCUUCUGCUGGGUUUGGGCCUGCUGUCGAUGUAGGAAGGCAAAAGUAAUUGGCAACUCAUUACACCUUUGUGGAGGGAGAGUUACAGCAUCCACUCCGGAGACUAUUUAUGUCUGCUCUUGCCAGAGUGCUUUUCUGGCUCAGGGGAUGGUGGGAGGCCGGGGAAGGAGCGCUCGUUGUAGUCCAUAAUUAAAUCCAUAGUCGUCAGCUCCAAAAAUCCAUGAGCUUGACUCAUAGUUUUAAUCAUUUCGAAUGUGUUCUGCUCUUCGAUUGUGCGAUCUUCCUGUGUCUAAUGCUUUUUCUGAAGUGCUUUGUAAUGAGCGCUCCCACGCAAAGUAUUGAAACGCAACAGAAAGUUCUGCAGGUUUCCACAAAAUUGGAACUGCCAUCAUUCAUAAGUUCUGUUUCCAUGUUUGUCCCAAUUGUCUUUUGUUCAAACUGGUAGGGCAUGGUGCUAGAAACAGGAUUGAUUCCCAGGAAAUGCACACACUCUAAAAAACGCUGGGUUUAAAACAACCCAGCCUGGGUUAUUUGGCAACCCAGCGCUGGGUAAAUAUUGGACAGAACACAUCCUGGGUUUUUGAUCCAGCUGGUUGGGUUAAAUGUUUUUACCAAACAUGCUGGGUUAUUUUAUUUAAGUCAACUUUUUUUUUAAUUAUUAUAUUGUUGGCUUAAAAUGGACUAGAACUUUUGGAAAUUACUAGAAGCAACAGCAAUAAUCAAAAGAUCGACAUUUAUUAUUAAGCAAAAACACACUGACAAAAUACAAGACAAACUGAAUUUAUUUGGGUGAAUACAGCAUAGUUUACAAUAUUACAUACAUUUAAACUCAUUUAAGAAGCAUUUUAGACAUAAAAAUGUAACAUUUGAAAGUAGCAUUUUAAUUUUAGUGUAUUCAGUUGUCGAAAUCUGAGCCGGUGAAGGGCAGCUGUUUGCAGGUGUAACUGCGAACUUCAGACCACGGCCUCGCGUUUCACUCGUAACUGAAAGAUGCUGUGACUGACUCCAAAACCUGCCCAUAAACAAACAGUACUGACAUUAGAGAAUGUAUUUUAACAUCAAACUAAAUUAAACUCAGUACUGUAAUUUAUAAAAUUCAUUUAUUUUAUGCAGGGCAAAAGGUGUUUCCAUCGUGCAAUACAUCCGCAGCUGUCGCAGCUAACUGAUAUUUCGUCUUUAUGUUGCAUUGCGUAAAAUAAUGCAAUUUUCAGCACAGUAAAUACUUUUUAAAUGAAAUAACAUGUUUACAAACCUUUAUUUUGCUGAAGAAGUGCACCAAACUGACGGCACUGAGAACCGCUGUCUCCUGUAGAGGACACAAAAAGCCCACGCUCUGACUGUAACUCAGCAGCUGGGUUGUUUCGUCAGAGAUGGGCUCAACCCAGUGUUUGGGUAGAAACCCAGCAACUUGGUUACAGAAAAACAAAAAAAAAUUGAAUAACCCAAUAAAAUUACCUAACAAGUCGAACCCAGCAUUUUGUAGAGUGCAUAUUUAUAUAAAAAAAAAAUGUGUAUCUUGAAUGCAUUUUAGGUUGUUUUGGGUGAAAUUGGCUACCCUAUAUAUUGCUGCAGUUGUGACAUCAAAACAAUUCUAAUUCGCAAUGGGUUCCCUCAAGAUUUUCCUAUGGGUUUUUAUAAUGGGGUUUUUCAAUUUAUGAGUAAAACAAGGUCUGUGGUAAAAAUGAUACUUGGGCGUUUUGCUCUACAACAUAAAUUACAGGGCUCCAGACGAACAUUUGAGAGUAGUGGCACCAGCACCACCAAGUUGUACAGAUUGUGGCACCAGGAGCAGAUUUAGUAACGCUGGGAGGUGAUGUGUGGGAGUAUUAAAAACAUAGGUAAUUUAAUGAUAAAAUUGCUGUUGUUUUGCAUUAAUAAGUGCAGUUACUAAACAAUAUUACGUUUAUUUCUUAUUUAUACAGAUAUGACAAUAAAACACUAAGCUUGAGUUGGGAAGCAUACAAAAUUUACUUUUAUUAACAAGAGUAACAUGCAAAAUCUAAUUUUAUAUAGAAAAUUUAUAUAUUCUACUCUUGUUAAAUGUACUAUUAUUCUUCUAUGAUAUUUGGAACUGAUGAUUUAAUAUUUUUUAUAAUAGUGAUUUUAUAAUUUCAAAAUAUAAAGCAAAAAGUAUAAAUUAAUGACUAAGUAGCCAAUAAGUGCUCCUGUGCUGCCAUCUACUGGUUAUAAUAGUGAUUUUAUGCAUUUUUUAAAUUUUACAUUAAUGUUUGUUUACCACAAAGUACAUUUUGGCCAUCCCAUUAAAAACAACAUUCAAAUCGGAUCAUUUUAGAGCCUUAGUUAUGUGAAAUGCCUGAAAGCCAUUGGAAAGUGCUUGAAUUUCUCUCUCAAGAGGUUGUACGAACGCUGAAAUAAAUAAUGUAAUAACAUUAGACUAUUUCUGCUGAAACAGUUAGCGUUAGCCUACUUCUUCUGGUUUUCUGACGUACAUCAGCACUGUUUUUAACAGAGAAUUCUUUGCAAUAUUUGAAUGCUUCUCACUGGAUCUCUCAGUAACAGUGUUGCGAAAUCAACUUUGGUUCCUGAGCAAAGCUGUUCUGAGCUUGGACAAGUUUGUUUGCGUUGCGGUCCGUGCUGCGCAGCUCAGACGAAUAGUGCACUAUUGUUUCGUUUGCCGUGUGAUGUUUCUCAUGUGCAACGGCAGCGCUUAUGAGAUGAACAAAAUUUAGUUGAACAAAAUGUGACAAUUUGGUCACAGUCUGGAGCCCUGAAUUAAACACACCCAUACUAAAAAUGUGAAUUUGAAGCAGUUAUGCUUGUUUUAAAAACACGUAUGUAAUAUGUAACUACAUAACUAAUAGUAACUACAUAGUAACUACUUACAAAGAAUGGUUUGGGUGCGUGCUUUUAUGUUGUACAAAAAACAUCCAAGUUUCACAGACCUUAUUUUACUCAAUAAUUGAAAACCCCAAUAAAAAAAAGGCCAUAGGAAAACUUCAAGGAAAUGACUUUUCUGGGUUUUGACGUUAUUUCAUGGCUGCAGCACUCUAUACAUUAAUGUCUUCAAAAAAAAAAUUGUUUUGCAAAUACAUUUACAUUACAUUAUGCUAAAUGCAUAACUGUACAUGUAACUUUCUUAAGCAGUCAUUUUGUUUGUAAUCCAAUAAAAGUACAUAUUUAAAGAAUUAUAUAUUAUAUAAAUAAUUAUAUUUAAUUAUUAUGAACUCAAUUCUUACACAGUUGUAUGACCUUUUAAAAAUGACAAAUUGCAGUUUUAGAGAAUGGAAAACGACACAGCAUAACGAUAAAAAUGUGCAAAAGAAGAUAAGUUGACCUGAGAAGAUAAGUUUUAAAAUAAUAAGAAUUUUAAAUUUUAAAUAGUGCUGUCAAUCGAUUAAAAAUACUACUGAUGUCUCUAUUAAUUUUUUAUUGUAAUACUUGAGCGACUCAAAACAAUUUAACACAUUAAUUUUGACAGUGCUAAUUUUAAAUUAUAUAUAAAUUAUAUAGUAGUAAAUUAUAUCAUUUUGAAUUUUUUUUUGACAGCAUUAAUUUUAAAUGUAUUUAAAUUUUAUAUAUGAAGAGUUCAGAUGCAAAACCAGCUAAAAGCCAUCUUGGUCAAAAAUGAGAUAAUGAUACUGAGUGAAUGCUCCUGACACAUAGUAUACGUCCAUCAAAUACUGUUACUUCAAACUCGCUAAAUUCCAGCCUCAGCCCAAUCAGAAUUGCCAGUACUUACAUAGAAACCUAUACAAAGUAGACAGAAAGAAAUGCUCAUUUUAAAGAAAUAUGUCAGAUGGAUUUAGCUGGUUUUGCAUCUGAACUCUUCAUAUAUAUGAGAACUUCAGAUGCAAAAGCCCCUAAAUCUAUCUGACGUUUUUCUUUAAAAUUCUUAAAGAUAUAUAUAUAUGAUGAAUUUAUAACAGGAUUAUAUAAAUAAUAUACAGUAUAACUAUAUAAUUGUAUAAUAUUUAUAAACUUUAAGAUGUAUAUUUUAAUAUAUUAUCUCACAAAGUUAUUCUUCUUGGGUAAAUUUAUCUUGUUUUCCACUAGAAACACUCUUCAAACAAGACAAAAUACUGCUUAUAUUUCAGAUAAUUUGAUUCUGCUUUCAGCUACCAUUAAAACAGUUAUACCCUCAGGUCUGUUUAACACAUUUGACCAUAUUUAAAUUCAUUCCAAAUCUUCUCUGACGAAAUUAGAGCUGAAAAUGUUCCACCUAGGCCUAAUGAGGGAAGAACAAGAUGUUUUUACCUGGGUUUUACAGUACUUCGAGACACUUAAUGUGGCUUAAUGGUACUUUAUGGCGAGUUAUUGCUGUCCUUAAGAGUUCCACCUGUUGAGAUACACAUUUUCAGCAUUUCUGAAAGGUUUAUGAUGGCUCUCAGAUUUAUGUUGGUGGAUGAGCUUGGGUUGUUUUGCACUGCUUUACUCCCAUAAGCCCAUAUGCCCCAAACCUGCUAGAAAAAUCUUUCAAUUACUUUCGUUUUAUUACGCCAGUCUUCUUUUUGGAGCUGCGCUGAAGAUGUCCAUUACUUUACCAUAAGCCACAGUCAUGUUUAAAGCUAUGGUGCGUGUUAUUGCAUCUCAUUUCUCUGUCUGCAUUAAAGCCACCGUAGCACUGCAUUGUUGAUGUUUCAAUAGAUGUAUGUAAUGAAGAUGCUUCACGUCUUCAAUACUGGGAUUGUAAAAAGAAAAAGAAUGAUACUGGAAGAUGAUUGUAUCUUUCACACAGGUGCGAUGGCUAAAACUCUGUGCCUGAUGCAGUUCUUCUCUUUGUGUUUCAUGAAUGUCUCCUCUGGACACCUGUAGAAAACGCACUGGUAUAUGUUGUCCACCAUGUUUCCUGAGGUCUGCUUCUACUUUAUUAUGCAUGUGAAUGAGCAGAACUCUGUAAAUAGCUUUACAUGUGUGUUUUCUGUUUGUGCAUGAUCGUUUAAAACAGUACAUUCUGCACAGAUCGUGUCAGGGCUACUGAGGGGGCGGCUGAAAUCAAUACGUGUCUGCCAGCACUCCGUUCCCCCCGAGACCCCUGACUAAAGCCAUAUUCGUCUGCACAGGUGUACUGAAGAGAAUAAAGGUGCAUACACUGAAAUUAUAAAGGUAUAAUGUUAGUCCAACCCCUUUUUUUCACUCAAAUGUCGAUCCAUGUGCGGUUGGAACGAGUUGAUGAGUUUAUUCUGGUACAAUGGCGACACCUGGUGGUCGAUGUGAUUCAUUCAUUCACUGUGUUUGUCCUCAUAUCUGUCCUUGUCUGAUCCAGAAUGUAACAUUAGCUUGUAGCAUUCAACUUAAGAUCUGGAUGGGUUGAUAAAAUGAUAUAUGCUAUGUGCUUAGAUUAUUUUGAUCUCCACAACUGUGUGGUGAAUGUGAAAAAUUAUACAUGAAUUGUAUUUCGGGGUUGGUGGGUUGGAAUUUUAGAAAUGAAGGAAUGUUGUACCAAACAAUACAGUUAAUAAUACAUACACAGCCAAUUAUUUAAAUGGAUGUCAUUAUUUAAAGACAAUAUUGUAAAACAGCCUUUUAAAGGCACAUUUGUGAACAAAAUAUCCCUUGAAAUCAGACUGAACAGUGUAUAAAUUGGUUCUGUGUUUGAAGUGGAUUGUAUUUCAAAAUGAAUACUUUAGGGUUUGUAAAACAAGGGAGAUGAGGCGGUACAGUACAUUAAAAUUAAUUGUAAAAAUGUAAAUAACCAUAUUUACAGUUAUUCACUUAAUGAUAGAUCUGUACACUUUGCAUGCAGAAUAUUUAGCUAUGUAGUUCAGACAGGCUUGUUGCAAGCUGCCAAUAGAUGAUUUUAAUAUACAUAUUCAAAUAUGUACAGGACAAAUGCAUAGAGUUUAUGCAAUAAAGCAUUUUUGUAAUA